AUGGCGUCGCUGCGGGUGUUGGUGUUUGCCGCCUGCCUAUUGGUGGUGGCGUUUCUUUUCGCCAUUCUUGCAUGCACAAUUGUCGUCGACAGCAACGCGUGGCCGCUGCUGCCCUUCAUGAUUUCCAUCGUCGCCCCAGUGCCGUUUGUGCUGUGCGGCCGACGACAGGGGAAUUUCUCGGAAGAGAGCCUGAUGGACGGCCUUGGCCUCUUUCUCGGGGGCGCCCUCGUUGUAGGCAGUCCUGCGAUGAGUUGCGUGCUGUAUCAUGUUGGCACCAUCAGUUUCGGGGCGUUUUUUCUCUCUUUAGUCUCCGAGGUGUUAUUGGGACUCACCGCGUUUGUGCUGUCGUUUGACGCGACCGAGGCGGAUGGCGCGUAUGAUUACUGA